AUGUCCGACUCUGACAAGACGACACAAGUACAUGACGUCGGGCGGCGGAUGAGCCGCGACGUCAUCGAGCUAGAUGAUAAACGCGCUCAACUCGCCGGCCCAUCGGGUGUUGCGGGACUGUUGAAGAACCCACGCCUGUUCCUCAUUGCGAUGGCGACGGCACAGGGCGGCCUCUGCUACGGAUACCAGCAGGGCGCCUAUGGCCAGUGUAUGGUGAUGCCAAGUUUCAAGCAUGUAGCUGCUUUUGGCCGGAUUAUCGACGACGCAGCGUAUAAGGGCUGGACGGUUGCCGUGUUGGCUCUGGGCGGAUGGAUUGGUUCCCUUAUCAAUGGGUACUGCUGCGACAGGUUCUCGCGCCGCUGGUCCAUCCUCGGCGGCGCUCUCAUCUCUCUCAUGGGCGCAAUCAUCACUACGGCCGCCAUGAAUCCCGAGAUGAUCUUCGCUGGCCGAUUCUUCAUCGGCCUCGCGGUCGGAUCAAUGACCACCGCUGUUCCAAUGUACAAUUCCGAGAUCUCGCCCGCCGAAGUCCGCGGUACAAUGGUCGGAACAUUCCAACUCUCAGUCACGUUUGGUAUUAUGUUGUCGUACUGGAUCGGCUUUGGCACCAACCAUAUCAGCGAGACAAAUUCGGUUUCGUGGCGUCUCCCACUGGCCAUUCAAGCUGUUCCAUCAAUCCUGCUCGCCCUAGCAACAUUGUUCAUUCCAUACUCGCCCCGCUGGCUCCUCAAACAAGGCCGAGACGAAGAGGCUCUCCAAGUUCUCUCGCGUGUUCGUGGUCGCUCGGUCGACGACGAGGUGGUCCGCCUAGAGUUCCUCGAGAUCAAGGCCGACGCCGUGUUCGAGCAGGAGACGGCAGCUGAGAAACAUCCCCACGCUAUCGGUCGGCCAUUUGUCCUCCAGGUCGCCCAGGUCGCCGACCUGUUCAAGUCGUGGCCCAUGUUCCGCCGCACGGCCAUCACCUGCCUCAUGAUGUGGUUCCAGCAGAUGAGCGGUAUUGACGCAAUUGUUUUCUACGCGCCGACAAUUUUCCAAUCUCUCGGUCUGGGCGAUACCUCUGUCUCGCUCCUUGCCUCGGGAGUCGUCGGUAUCUCCAUGUUCAUCGCCACGUUCCCUGCCAUUCUUUACAUCGACAAGAUCGGUCGUCGCCCUCUCCUCAUCAUCGGCGGUCUUGGCAUGUCGUUAUGUCUUCUCAUCGUCGGCAUCCUCACCGCCACCAACGCAUCCAAAUGGGCCGCCCACGAAGGCGGCGGUGCGGCAUGGGCAUCCGCCGCCUUCAUCUGGUUCUACAUCUUCAACUUUGGCUACAGCUGGGGCCCCUGUUCAUGGGUUGUCAUCUCCGAGAUCAUGCCGAUGAGUGCGCGUGCGGCCGGAACGGCCCUCGGCGCAUCCACGAACUGGAUGACCAACUUCUGCGUCUCGCUCUUCGUCCCUCCCAUGCUGGAGGGGAUUGGGUUUGGCACAUACCUAUUCUUUUUGGGGUUCAUGCUCAUGGGCGUGGCGUAUGCGGUUUGGAUCUUGCCCGAGACGCGGAACGUCAGUCUCGAGGCCAUGGACCGAGUGUUCAAGUCGAGCGACGCGACGCAUGAUGCCGAACGUAUGCGCACUAUUGUCGAGCGCCUCCAGGUCGAAUAUGGGCAUGAAAAGGCGCAGACCAGCAAAGCCGAGUCGGUCUGA